AAGUUCAUUUAAAGUAAAAAAAAACAAAACCUCUCUCUCUCUCUGUGUGUGUGUGUGUGUGUUUGAGUUCAGGAAAAUGGCCGAGGCCAGUAUUUCGGUAGAUCAGGACCAGUUCAGCUGUCCAGUCUGUCUGGAUGUCCUGAAGGAUCCGGUGACUCUCCCCUGUGGUCACAGUUUCUGUAAGGUGUGUAUUAAUGGCUGCUGGGAUCAGGAGGAUCGGAAGGGCAUUUACAGCUGUCCUCAGUGCAGAGACACUUUCAAUCUAAGGCCUGUUCUACACAGAAACAACAUGCUGGCUGAAGUGGUGGAGAAAGUGAAGAAGAAGACUGAACUCCAAGCUGCUUCUCCUGCUCAGUGUUAUGCUGGACCUGGAGAUGUGGAGUGUGAUUUCUGCACCGGGAGAAAACUCAAAGCCGUCAAGUCCUGUCUGAUGUGUCUGGCUUCUUACUGUGAAAUUCAUCUUAACCCACAUCUAGAACGUCCUGCUUUGAAAAAACAUACAUUAAUUGAAGCUUCAGCAAAACUACAAGAGAAGAUCUGCUCUCAACAUAACAAGCUGAUUGAGAUCUACUGUCGUACUGAUCAAACCUGGAUCUGUUAUUUGUGUACAAUGGAUAAUCACAAAGGUCACGACACCGUCACAGCCACAGCAGAAAGAGCUGAGAAACAGAGUGAGUUAAAGGAGGAGCAGAUAAAAUCCCAGCAGAAAAUCCAGGAGAAGCAGAAGAAGGUGCAGGAGCUGAAACAGGCUGUGAACACUAUAAAGCUGAGUGCACAGACAGCAGUGGAGGACAGUGAGAGGAUCUUUACUGAGCUGAUCAGCUCCAUGGAGAAAAAGCGCUCGGAGGUGACGGAGCUGAUCAGAGCUCAGGAGAAGGCUGAACUGAGUCGAGCUGAACGACUCCUGGAACAAGUGGAGCAGGAGAUUGCUGAUCUUCAGAGGAGAGUCAAUGAGCUGGAGCAGCUUUCACACACACACGAUCACAUCCAGUUCCUCCAGGCUUUAGCUUCUGGACGUCACUCUCCCCCACUACACAGACCAGAUUUUCACGCAUCCAACAUCACUGUCCAUCAACAUCUCUCAUUUGAUGGAGUGAGGAAUUCCCUCUCAGAUUUGAAGAAGAGACUCGAGGAAUUCUGUGAGGAGGAAUUCAACAAAAUUCCUCCACAUGCUGCAGCAGUUCAGAUCAUUUCACCACAAGAGCCAGAGAGCAGAGAAGAUUUUCUGAAACAUUUCUCUUAUCUGACUCUGAAUCCCAACACAGCACAUCGUAAACUCAUUCUGUCUGAGAAGAACAGAGUGGUCACAGAAAGUGAGACGGAGCUGCGGUACUCUGAUCAUCCAGAGAGAUUUGACUUCUACACUCAGGUGUUGUGUAAGGAGAGUGUGUGUGGAUGCUGUUACUGGGAGGUGGAGCGGAGUGGUGCUGGUGGCGUGUUCAUAUCAGUCUCAUAUAAAGGGAUCAGCAGGAAAGGAGAGGGUGAUGAGUGUGUGUUUGGAUACAAUGAUCAGUCCUGGGGUCUGUGGUGUUCUUCUUCUUCUUCUCUCUCUUUCUGGCACAACAAAAUUAAGACUGAGCUCAGAGUUCCAGCAUCCUCCAGAAUAGGAGUAUAUGUGGAUCACAGCGCAGGUACUCUGUCCUUCUACAGCGUCUCUGACACGAUGAAGCUCCUCCACAGAGUCCACACCACAUUCACUCAGCCUCUAUACGCUGGGUUUAGGCUCUACUGUCUGCGUAGUGAUCUUUCAGUGAGGUUGUGUGAUCCAAAAUCAGGUGUGUACAUUCGAGCACAAAAAAUGGCUCAUUAAUUUUAUUUUAGAGUUCACAGGUGCUCAUCCUUACCACUCACGCUCCUGACUCCACCCUCCAUUCACAAACCGGCGCUUAAUCAUGCCCUCACCUCCACAAUAUAAUUUUUUUUCCUUCAUCCUGAUGUUUGAUUUGAACAUUAACUAAAGCUCUCUACCUGUAUCUGCAUGAUUUAAUGCAUUGCACUACUGCAACAUCAGUGGAUAAUUGCAUGAAUGUGCAGAUAUACAGAUGUUCCUAAUAAAGUGGACAGUGAUUGCAUAUUUUUAGCCUACUUAAUCUAUGGGAGGAAAAAAAACUACUAUAGUGUCUUGAAUAUGAUCUUUCAGAAAAUCAACUAAACCUACAAUUGACUUGUCUCAAUACCAUUCUUCAGUUUAUAUAAAGUAAACAUACAUAGUUGCAAUAUAUUAUGUUUAAGUGUCUUUUGGCUGUUUCCUGUGUUUAUUUUUUUUUUCUUUUUGACAUCAGUCUCCUUUUUGUGGGUCGUGAUGAUAUAUUUGUCUCUGCUAACUGUAUCUGUCUGUUGUCUGACUCCAGAUUUGGAUUCUGAACAUGACUCAGAGGUGUUAUAAGAAUCCAUUCACAGGAGAUUUACAGUUUUUCUCUACUGCUAAGACACAGCAUUUCCUGAUACCAUGCGCCAUUUUCUCAAAACUAUAAACACAAAGCCAAAACAGCACACACAAUAUGGACAACCUUCAAACUUCCAUGGCAAAACCAAAUACACAUUAAAUCCUACACAGUAAAUCCUCAUAGUACUGUAAAACACAUGACUGCAAUGCUGUAGAAUUAGACCAUAAUAUAGCCUAUAAUACAGUGCAUAGUAAUGAAAUCAUUGUACUCGUGUAUAUUGGACUUGUGUACUUAUUGCUUAUACUCUAAGUGUUGGUCUUUGACCAUUGGUGAGUUCUGUUCAAAAUGAACAGAGUACACUUGUUUCAUUCUUACCCUGUUCUGCUGAAGUACAUGGUAAAUGGGGUCAAAGCUUAUUUGACUGAUUCCUUGAAAUAAACCCUGAUUUUCCAUUAUUCUCGUUUGAAUUUCUCGCAAGUGAAUGAUAUUGUUGGCUAUCACCACGUUCACAAGUGUGGUUCCCCGUUCGGCUGACAACAGCAACAAACAUGGUCUGCCUCCACUUGGUUCUUGUCUCUCAGUUCUGUAAAAACAGCAUGAGUAUUGUUUGGAUACAGGCACCCCUAUUUGCUGGGUUUGUGAUACAGUAAGCACUGCAUUACACUAUACACUAUAGCAAUGCAUAUUCUUACAUUUAUCCGCUCUACACAGUACUAUCCAAUAUCACAGGUCCAAGCAACAGAAACAACAGUUAGGAGAAGGGAGGACAACACUACAAAUUUGCACUAUGUAGUGUAGCAAAUGCUAUAGUGGUAAACUACCAAUUUUCUAGCCUACAGCGGAUAACCUAGCAGGGUUAAGGGUUUUGUGUGUAGAGUUUUGUGAAAUGAUUCUUUCCACUGGACACAGAAGAAAUUGUUCAGAUGUUUGGCUCAUAGGCUCAAGAAGUCCCACAUGGUUUCACUCCCUCCAGCUAGCCUACAUUCUGACUGGAGCUCCAUCAUCACACCUGAAGAGAACACUACAAUUAUUCACAUAGAAAAUGAACAACAAUUAUAUAGAGAUGUAGACUCUGUGGCUCUGAACCCACAUAUAUUUUUAAAUGGAAAUAUUAGGAUU